AUGCGUCCUCGACACCAAAUGCACAGAGCUGAGACUACUGGUACGAGUGCAGAAGUGUUCCAAGAGUGGCCUCAGCUCCUUGAUCCCUGUCUAGCAAAUCUUGUUCAACUCCUGAGCGACGUCUUUCUUGCCUAUCUUACAACAUCACACGAUCAAUAUGGCCCAACCCGAACACGAGGGACAGCCGGGGUCUCUCCCUUGCCACGGGCAAUAUGCAGCCUUCUGUACUCAUUGUGCAAAGUCAGAGGAUACAAAGUCAUUGUCCGGUUGCUCAACAAUGAGCCCAAGUACCUGAAGCUUAUGCUUUCCACUUUCCGUGUUUGGGACGUGCCUGGCAAGGGUAUGACAUGGGAAGAGCGGUAUAUCAUGCUGCUAUGGCUCUCCCACCUAUUGCUUGCUCCUUUCGAGUUGGCCACCAUCUCGGUCCAGGACGGGGAGAUCCGUGACGCUACUGUGCCCAGGGAAUUGGGGGGCCUGCCUGGAAUAGCGAGCCAGAUCAUCAGCCUUGCUUUUCAGCACUUGGGUGGCGCCGGCAAAGAACGCGAGGCUGCAAGCACACUGCUGGUGCGCUUGAGUUGGCGGACCGAUAUGCAAGCCAACGACUUGUCCACACGGCUGGUGCGCUAUACUAGCCGUGAACUGCUGUCGAGUUCCGGCAUGGCCACCCUCACCCCGUACCAAGCUCUUGGCUUCCUCUCGCUUCUGUACGGUAUUACCAACUCUGGUUCGGACAGUGGAGUCGCACCAUGUCUCCAAGGCCUCUUCGCUUCCACCAUGAAAAUUGCCACCGACCAAGGCGCACGAUUUGUAACCAUCAGAGACUCUGCCCCUGCAAGGAAAUGGGUUUUGAAAAUCUUGCGUGCUAUCUUGACACAUGCCUUAUCGUUGACUUUGAAGAAUGGUGCAAACCAGCCGCCCCAGCUCAAUGCGAUGCUAGAGGAGAGUAUACAGUAUUUCCUUGACGCUCUGGGCGAUAAUGACACGCCAGUCAGGCUGGCCGCCGCCAAAGCGCUCAGUGUGAUCGCACUGAAACUCGAUCCAGCCAUGUCCGCUGAAGUUGUUGAAGCCGUCUUGGGUUGUUUGCAAGAAAAUGUCCUGCUUGAGGAUACUCAAACUCAGAAACUUGUUGCUAUCACCGAUACAGCUCGCGCUGAGACAAUGGGGGUGAUGAGAAACAUAAGUGCGGUCGAUCCGCUGAGAUGGCAUGGUCUUAUGCUGACUCUUGCCCAUCUGCUGUUUCGCCGGUCACCUCCACCUGACAUGCUGUCAGAAAUCCUCCAGGCGCUGAUUCUGGGUCUGGAAUUUGAACAGCGAUCCAACGUCGGAACUUCACUAGGAGUUGGUGUGCGCGAUGCAGCUUGCUUUGGUUUGUGGGCACUGGCUCGAAAAUACAGCACUGCCGAGCUAGAUAUGGUCUCGGUUGCGAAUUUUCCCGAGGUGUGCAGGAAUGAAUAUUCGGAGUGCAAAAGCGUCUUGCAGUUGAUCGCUAUCAAAUUGGUCGUCUCUGCUUGCUUGGAUCCGUCGGGCAAUAUUCGACGAGGCGCUUCCGCAGCGCUACAGGAAUUGAUCGGUCGGCAUCCUGAUACCAUCGCUCACGGCAUUCCUGUCGUCCAGACUUUGGACUAUCAUGCAGUGGCUCGACUCUCUCGAGCUGUGACAGAGGUCGCCCCGCAGGCAGCCGGUUUGGAUGUGGUCUACCAGGGACCUCUUCUACAAGCGCUGACAGAAUGGCGGGGCGCACGUGCUGCUGAUAUGAAUCAGCGUCGCUGGGCUGCCAAUGCUCUUCGGACACUAACGAAAACCCAGCCUCUGUCGAACACGUCCACGUUCGCUGAGGCCAUACUCAGGCAGCUUUCUGAUCUCAAAGCUAUGAACAUAGGUAGCACGGCCGCUGUGAGACACGGACUGCUCCUAGCGCUGUCGUCCAUACUGCAGUCGAUGAGGGAAGCCGAUACUCAAUUCGUUACGUCCUGGUUGGCGGUAGACGGAACAUUGAUCCUGGACCUUAAGAAGCUGACUGGCAAAAUCGACAGUCGCACGACAGCAGACAUUGAAUUGGUCAUGGAGGGAAUAACUGCGCUGGUUUGCGAAAUAUGUAAGUGCUCAGACUCUGCAGAUCCUCCUUGGGUGUCCAUGCAAAGUUGGACGGCAGCCGCCAUUGAAGUGCUCAACCACUGCACAGUGGCUGGGACCAAGGAUGUUGUCGUCUGCUCAAGCGCAGAAGCGUUUGUGGAGCUGUUCAAAGUCCUUCGGCCCGAGGUGGGCAUGGGGUUGAUUGAGCGAUGGCUGGACAGCAAGCAGCAACCACCAUCAGCUUUUGCUAGCAAAGGCCGCCUGAGAGUGCUCAGCUUGAUCCACGGGUACCUGUCAACGCAGCCGGCCAGCAAUGAAACCCGGAAGAAGAUUAUGAAGUACGUCAUCGGUAUCAUUGAAGGUGGUUACAAGAUCGAGACGAGGGUCGACGCCACGGAAGCUCUUGGAAUCAUCCUUACGCACGGUUUGUCAGAGAACGCAGAAGUUACCGUAAACCUGACGAGUGUACUCCUACGAGGCUUGACAGACUACACCAAUGAUCAAAGAGGGGAUAUUGGCUCGAUUUUGCGGCUUCAGACUCUCGAGACGGUCGACGUCUAUCGCGGUCACUGCAGCGCCCAUGGACACAACGCUGCAAUCUUGAGACAGGUAAUGCCUCUAGUGGCAAAACUCGCCGCAGAAAAGCUGAGCAACGUUCGGUUCCGGGCCUGGAAAUGUCUUGAGAACUACUUGCAGACAGACUCGUCUUUGGCUACCGUUCAUGGGAUUUUUCAGUACCCGGCAGAUGUCUCUUCGGCGGCGUAUUUUCAGCAACUCAUGCGUUUAUUAUCUGUGCCUUGGGCGCACAGGCACCUCGUUCUCGGGGUCAUCUCGUCCGCAACUUCCGGGACCGAAGAUACAUGUCGUGCUGCGAGCACUGCAUUUGUCUCCUACAUACAGUCUCUGGAGCCGAUCCAGGGCGAAUCAUCGGCCGCGGUGAUCUCGAAUAUAAUCUUAGAGGAGCUUGCAUCAAGAGCUACCGAGGAUGACCGGCAGGUCUUGCCGUUACUUGACUUUCUUUGCUUUAUGAUCGACGAAGGGCUUUUCUCUCCCAGGCCGUUCGGCCAGUCGGACAAUGAUGACUUGGACAUUUGGAGCUCCAUGCAGCGAAUCCACAGCCCGUCAUCAACCAUGCAACGGAUGGAAUCAUUGUUGAAUGUGUAUUCAAGGCUGUUGUCUACUGAUAUUUAUCGAGCUCGAGCGUUAGACAAGCUCACACGUCAGUUGCUCCAUCGCUGGCCCAAGAUUCGUAACACCGCAGCCGACUUGCUCUACCUCGAUAGUCCGGUUGAGGCUCUAGCUUCAAGCGACUGGAACGCUCCUGUGGUCAAAACCAAGCCAGUGGUUUUGAGCCUGCGGAAGCAGCUCGGCGUGGUCAGUCGUCGGGAUGCCACAGGACAGUGA